AUGCCCCAGGAUCAACACAUACAAGAGCCCACGGGUGUUUCGCUUACAGAUACUGUGGUAGUGGCAGAGACAUCGCCGACGGAUUACAGGCAGUUUCUUGAGGAUGAUAACAGCCACCUAUCCCCCCAUCCACCGAGAGGAUCAAGUCCCACACAACUGCACGAAGAGAAACGCGUACCAGUACGACGAGAAGGAACGAUAGGCCCCCAGCGUAUUCCGGAUGUGAUCCCCCCGGAACACUCGAGCCGCACUCUGAUUCUUUGCUUCGAUGGGACUGGUGAUCAAUUCGACAACGAUAAUUCGAACAUAGUGAAACUUGUCUCUCUGCUAAAGAAGGAUGAUAAAACGAAACAAUUGGUGUAUUAUCAAACAGGAAUUGGGACAUAUAACACUGCUCCUUACAUAGCAUCACCAAUCUUGUCCCAGCUGAGGAAGGUAAAGUCGUUCAUUGCCCUCGACGGAGCUUUGGCAUUGAACUUAGAUUCACAUGUCAUGAGCGGUUAUGAAUUUCUCAUGGAAAACUAUGUGGCAGGAGACAAAAUCUGUAUAUUCGGAUUUUCUCGUGGGGCAUACACAGCUCGAAGUCUCGCAGGCAUGCUCCACAAAGUUGGUUUGUUGCCCUCUGGAAAUUUCCAACAAGUACCAUUCGCAUACAAGAUGUAUACCAGAGCGGACGAUGAAGGCUGGCAACAAUCCACAGAAUUCAAAAAGGCUUUCUCUGUUGAUGUGUCCAUCGAGUUUAUUGGGGUCUGGGAUACAGUAGAUUCUGUUGGUCUUAUCCCCAAGCGAUUGCCAUUCACGACAUCCAAUACAAUUGUUCGCACCUUCCGGCAUGCUGUGUCGCUAGACGAGCGGCGGGCAAAAUUCAAGGCCAACCUAUGGAACCGUACACCGUCCAGCAAAGUGCAAAAUAAUGCACACUGCAGGAACUCUACGACGUCAAAUACCACUGCGACGACGACGACUACGACAAAGGUGAAGGCGAGUCUCGAGUCUGACACUGCAACUUUCAGCUCCGGCGUAGAUUCCGAGCCUCUACGACCCCCGCCCGUCAUUAAAACUACACCGCCAGAUAAACAAGACAGUGUCGACGAUCCAGCGCUAUCUAAAAGCGGUAUCUUAAGCGAGAAGAUCACAUUGCUGAAGACGAGUGUGAAGAAAGAGGACGAGGAUGAUCGUGUACUUACUACCUUGGAGAGAAUAUACUCAGAGAAGCAUGAGAAGACAACAGAUGUGGAGGAAGUCUGGUUCGCGCCGGGUGACGUCGGUGGCGGUUCUGUCAGCAACAGGACACGACAUUCUUUGGCUAGAAUUCCAUUGCGAUGGAUGGUCCGCGAGUGCUUCAAAGCCAACACUGGGAUCAUGUUCAAUUCCGCCGCCCUGUAUGAUAUUGGUUUGGAUCCAUCCACACUCUAUCCGUACAUCGUUCCCAGACCUCCUCCCCUGCCCAUUGGCCAACAGCACACCAUUAAAAGCCGUCCAAAAAGUGAUCUUCCUAUACGUCCUCCUGCCUCCUCUUUGCUGGGUAACAAGUUGUCUCAUGCCGAGAUUACGGCACUCCUAAAGCAGCCUCGCAAGCCAUUCCUGGGAUCGGAGGAGGAAGAGGAACUUCAUGAUAUCCUAUCGCCCGCAUACGAUCAACUAAAGAUUAAGAAAGCUUGGUGGGCACUGGAGAUUAUACCAUUAACGCUACGAUAUCAAAGAGGCGACAACCAAUGGGUGACAUAUUUCGGAUCUAAUAUGGCACGCCCGCGAUUCAUCCCGAAACAAAAACAUGGUUUCAAGGUCCAUAGAAGUGUCAAGAUAAGAAUGGAGGCCGAAUUCGAGGACGAAAAAAGGCGGAAGAAAGGCAAGAAAUAUAAACCAAGACCUCUGUUCAAUUUUGAACCCAUAUGGGUGGAUUAA